ACAAGGCGAGGAAGUAAAUAAACAAAAGCAGGCUGGCAACGUCGCACCCUGAAAUGUCCACUGUCCACUAUCCACCAUCGCCCAAGCGGAUAUAAGGAUAUAGUUACAUUCAAGCAGAAGAAUGUGUCAGCGUGAUAAUUGAUCAAGUGAAAUGCAUUUGAUAAGAAAGAGAUAAGAGGGUUUUGGUUCUGUUUGGUAUUUUAAUACUGCGUUAAGCCAAUCGAACAACCUGGUUUAGGUCCUUGCAUGAUUGACAUUAUGUGUGACAUUUACAUAACGUGAAACAUGAUGAGACACAAUGCAUUGUUUGACACUGCCUCUUUAAUUUGAUGACCAUGUCCUAAGAGGGAAAGCGGUUGCGCAGAAUGCCUCUUUUUCGGAAGAAAGGGAAUGAAGAUCAAGUAAAUAAAUCCCGUCUAGAGCAUAAGCUCUAUUUGGCAAGAGAGAAUCCAGAACCAUGUUUUGAUUUAUCAGACUGUGCUCUGAGGGAUGUUCCCGCAGGCAUCUACUCUUUAUGCAAAGUUUUUCGCAAAGAGUCUCUGUUUCUGCAGGACAACCAGCUGUCAUCUCUUGAUGGAGGAGGAAACCUCAGAGACCUUGCCAUGCUGACGGUUUUAGACCUACAGAACAAUUGUUUCUCAGUUCUUCCUGAUGGGAUAAGUUUCCUUGUUAACCUCAGGAUGCUUAACUUGAACAAUAACAAACUCACUAAUUUACCAGACUGCUUCACAUCUGUAAAUAAACUACAGUCAUUGGAAGUGGCCCAGAACCAACUGAGAUCCAUACCAGAAUCCUUGUGUUGGCUACCCCACCUCACCAAACUAGACCUACGUGAAAAUUCUGCUCUGACUCUGAGGAAACUCCCACCUACAAUAACUCAGACACCUAUGUUGGAAACUCUUUUAAUGGAUGACUCCCAACUAAGCUGCGUACCUGAGGAUAUAAGAGAGAACAGUACUCAAAGUAUUUUGGCAUUUUUUGCAGAAGAAAAUGGUAUGACAUACAUUCCCCCUGAAGAACGCCAGAUGCCAGGUCCAAACAAAACUGACAUGUUGGUGAAUGUCUUUGAAGCCGAGAAACAGCAAAGAGGUUUCAAGGAGAGACUUCAUCAACUAGAGCAACUCAAGGCACAGAAGCAGAAAGAGCGGAUGAUUUUGGAAGCAGACCGUGGGCGAACAUACCAAAGGGAAUUUGAGACUUGCUCUGCUCUUAAAGAGAACAGAGAUCGGCUUCUGGCUCACUUGGCUGUUCAACAAACAAAGCUUGAGCAGAAGGUUGAAAAGCUUCAGCAACAAAGAGAAGAAGAAAGACACCGGCUGAUCCAACAUUUGCAAGAUGUGGAACGUAAUACAGAUGCUAUGAUUACGCAGCUGUUGUUAUUAUCUGCUCAAGAAAGAGAACAGGAACGACAAGACAAAUUGCAGAGAGCCCAGGAAGAAGAACAAGAAUUGCUAGCGGCUAUGCAAAGGCAGCAUCGAGAUUUGCAGAGACAUGAUGUUCUAGAUGGAAUGAAACAGCUGGUAGAGGAAGAAUUAAAGCAAGAAAAGAGAAUGCGAGAAUAUGAGCAGUGUCGAGUGGAGAUGACAAACAGUUUACUCAGCAAGGAGCUUGAGUCAAGCAACAUUCUCCUCUGUGCAGUGGAUAGGUACAGUAGUGCUCAGUUAGAACUUGUUCAGCGUUUGCAAAGAGAUGAAGAAUUGCAAAAAGCAGCUGUAUGCUCACUUUUAGAACGUAGUGAUGCAAGGACGUGGGGAUUAGUACAACAAGUUGCUCUUGUGGAACAGCAAUUGGCACAGCUCACUGCUCUUGAACUUCAGAGGAGGAAUCACCAGUUAUCAGAACAGCUUUCUGAUCUUGCAGAAAAACGGACUGCUCUCUCAUCGCUCUUAGUUCACCUUUUAGAGGAGCAGGCUUCUCGAAGAGACCAGUUGAUUCACACUCUUAAUGAAAUGGAACGUCAACGUCAGGAUAAUUCAGACUUUUGGCUACACCAGUAUCAGCGUCUCCUUGAUUCUAGACCUAACAAGUUCAUUGAUAAGGAAAGAGUACUAGAUCCCAUUCUAGCCAACCAUUUAGUUCUGAAUGGAGUGGUUCAUUGCUUACCGUUUCUAGUGCAGUGGAUGCAUGAUCCUGAUUCCUUACUGUCUGUGACAGACUCUCAGCUGAAAGUGGCAGGUAUCAGGUCAGAAGAAGACAGACAGAAAGUUUUGAGAGCUUUAAAGUUAUAUGUUGAAGAACGAGAAUGUGCCAUUUUAAAACUGUCUGACUUCCAUCCCUCAAAUCUACCAUCAGCUCCAGUUGAAGAAGCCUCUGCAAUGCCUCAGGCACCUUCAACUUCAGGAGUAUUGGAAGAGGCAGAUUUCAAUGUCCCAAAGAGCAUAAUUGAAACAGAAUGUGUGAUAUGCAUGGAAUCAGCAUGCGACGUGAUAAUUUUGCAAUGUGGUCAUAUGUGUUGCUGUGCAAAAUGCUGUGAACCAUUAAAUAACUGUCCAAUGUGCCGUGGUGACAUUGAACGCAAGAUCAGAGUGAGAGCACCCUAAGCCUAGUCUCAUGUUCUGGAACUUCAUUGAUUACUAAGUCAUUUUUUUUCCAACUUGUUUUAAAUUCAAACAAUACCAUUGAGUUUAAUAAUAACAAUAAUUUAAUGAACAUUAUUUUAGGUUUUCUAUGUAUUUUUAUUCAAGUAUUGUAUUGCUUCACCUAAAGGAAAACAGGUCUGGAUGUAUAUCAGGCAAGACCAAGGAUAAGGAUGCCUCUAUGAUUGCUAAUCGAUGAUUCUCUUUGAAUGAUUGUUCGGUAUGUCCUGAGCUAGAGUAUUAAGACCAGACCAAAGGAGGGGCAUCCAUCCUGUUAGUACUGUACUCUGCCGGUGGUACAUUCAAUGACCACCCUGUGCCAUGUUCUCUUUUUAUUGUAAACCGGUAAUAACCUGUCCAAGAACUUUGCUGUUCAAUUUUAUGUCAAAAUUUUAUAAGAUGACAUAUCACAAAUUGCACUUUGUCGGCAAAAUCUUAUUUCCAUUUUCUGCUUUAGCUUAUUUCUGCUACAACUGAAAUCUACUGUUUUGUAUUAGAAAUCUUUAUUCCUCAUUUAAGUUUUGAUUAAAUGAUAAAUGUGACCAAACUACGCACAUAAAAUGUUUUGUAUUCAAUGUAUGACAGGCAAUAAGAUACUGGUGAAUAAGAGUCCAACCAAAAGCUAGUUGUGUUUGGAACUAGGGUCAGCUGCUAUGGAUAAGAAUGCAAAAGAAAAUGAGAAUAUUCGCAUUUGAAGCAAUAAAUUUGACCAAUUGCCGUUGUGAUUUUCUGCAAGACUUUGCGUGUUGUCACUAAGUAUGCAUUAAUCAUUGUUUCAAUUAACACAAGUGUGGUUUUUGAGAGGCAUGCACAAUUUUUAAAUUUUAUUAAUUUGUAUCAGUUGUCAGAUUGUUGACACUUUUGUACCAUUUAAAAUAUAAUUUUAAUAAUUUUGUCACUGAAAUUGGAGUGAAGGAAACACUGCCCAAGUUUAAACCCUUAAAUUGUUUCCAAGCAUUUGCUCACAUACUUUAUACACACUGUUUGUCUAUAACUGUCACAAUAUUUUAUGUAUUAUCUCUGUGUGCCUUUUGUCUUUCACAAAUUCAACUUGCAAAGAAAACCUUAUCUGAACUUUGAAAGGCACCCAAGUCAAGGCUGUUAUAUAAGUGUGAUAUUACCCAGGAAAAUUAUAUGUUUGUCUAAAUAA